CCGUCCAGAGAAAGGUCUCUCCCAGAGCUCUUAACUAGACGGUACCUGGUCGCAUCACCAACAGCAGCUUAAAUUGGCGUUCAGCACAGCUGCAAAACACUUUCCUUGAAUGCACCCCGGACAACGCUGUGCCGCUUUGUUAUCGAGUCGGCGAGAAACAGAGAAACAACAAAAACACAAGAACGUUCCGGCAUAAUAUGAAGCUCAUAUCGCAGAGUAAUGUUACAACAGCGUGUUUGUUAAUAUAAUGUUAUUCCAGCUGAAGCAGACACACCAAACAGGCCUUUACACUAAACUUCAACUUUAGAUAAAAGUAGUUGUAAAAUUAGUGAAGUUGUGAAGCGAGCAGAACACUGGGCAGGGCAGAGUGUGGGCUCCACCCAGUGCGGCAACACAGCUGUUGCUGUCAGAUAAACGUUACGCGUUCAAAUAGGAGCAGAGGCAGAAAAAAAAGUGUAUAUUUGUCAACAACUACACAGGAACAGCUGCAAUGGCCUCAGGUGGGGCCCCACUGCCCACAGCCACCCAAUGUGCCACUAAGGUGGAGCUGAGCAUCUCCUGUGAAAACCUAAUGGACAUGGACAUCUUCUCUAAGUCUGACCCUCUGUGUGCUUUGUACAUCAACACAUCAGGCUCUCAGUGGUAUGAGUUUGGCCGCACGGAGAUGAUCCUGAACUGCCUGAAUCCGAAGUUUGCUAAGAGGUUUGUGAUCGAUUAUUAUUUCGAGACGGUGCAAAGGCUGAAGUUCUGCGUGUAUGAUAUCGACAACGAUACCUACGACCUGAGUGACGAUGAUUUCCUUGGAGAGUUUGAAUGCACGCUCGGGCAGGUCGUUUCUAAUAAGCAGAUGACGCGGCCGUUGUUGCUGAAGGACAGGAGGCCGGCAGGCCGUGGGACCAUCACAAUCUGUGCUGAAGAAAUCACAGACACCAGGGUAGCAAACUUUGAAGUGUCUGCCCGCAGGCUGGACAAAAAGUAUCUGUGGUGGUCCGACCCUUUCCUGGAAUUCUACAAGCAGACAGAAACUGGAUGGCAGCUGGCUCACAGGACAGAGGUUGUGUACAACAACCUGAAUCCAAUAUGGAGGCCGUUCCGCAUCUCAUUGCGAAAUCUUUGUGGAGGAGAUGUGGAGAAACCUAUUAAGGUUGACUGUUACGACCAUCACGGCAGCGGCUCCCAUGAUCUCAUUGGGAGCUUUAAAGCCACACUAGCAGAGAUGCAAACGGGGACGCGCAUCUCCCCGGGUGAAUUUGAAUGUAUUAACCCCAAAAAGUCAAAUAAGAAAAACUAUAAAAACUCCGGGGUCGUUUGCAUCCGGCAGUGCCAGGUAAGGAAUUUAAACUGUUCCUCUGCCUUGAUUUUACCACGUACUUCCCACCAGGUUUGUUUUGGAUCUCUGUACAUUGUGCAUUGCUGCACAUUGUUAGCGUACUCUUUACCCUUACAGAUUGUGAGGGAAUACACCUUCCUGGAUUAUAUAAUGGGUGGAUGCCAAAUAAACUUCACUAUCGCCAUUGACUUCACCGGCUCUAACGGGGAUCCGAGGUCUCCUCAGUCCCUCCACUACAUCAGCCCACAGGGCUACAAUGAGUACCUGGCAGCCAUCUGGGCAGUGGGUAAUGUCAUCCAGGACUACGACAGUAAGAAGAUGUUUCCUGUGUUUGGUUUUGGAGCCCAGCUCCCUCCAUCCUGGCAGGUGUCCCAUGAGUUUCCUGUCAAUUUCAAUCCAGCAAAUCCCUUCUGCUCAGGCAUAGAGGGUGUGGUGGAUGCCUACAGGCACUGUCUACCUCAGCUGAAGCUCUGGGGUCCCACCAACUUUUCCCCGAUCAUCAACCACGUGGCCUGCUUCGCCAGACAAGCUCUCCAGCAGCAUGUGGCCUCAAAUUACUUUGUGCUGCUCAUCAUCACGGAUGGAGUGAUCACAGACAUGGACCAUACACGUGCCGCUAUCGUGGAGGCCUCUCGUCUGCCCAUGUCUAUCAUCAUAGUGGGUGUUGGCGGGGCAGACUUCAGCGCCAUGGAGUUUUUGGACAGCGAUGACAAACUGCUGCAGGCACCCAGCGGGGUCGUCGCCUCCAGAGACAUCGUGCAGUUUGUGCCCUUCAGAAAAUUCCAGGGAAACAGCGUGGCCCUGGCGCAGAGCGUGCUGGCAGAGCUGCCCGAUCAAGUCACAUCCUUCUUCAAUGCCUACAAGCUGAAACCACCUAAUCUUUUCAAUGUUCCUGAGCCGUCCUAGUAAAGCAGGUUAAAUGUACACGAGUAUCUCCAAUGCACUUCCUGUCUGUCUCUUCUUCACCCUCUUUCUUCAUUCAGUGCAUAGAGGGGUGUAAAUCAGUGUUGGGCAAACUAUUUGAGAUUUCCAGACUAAUGGUUGCUUCACACUGGAACACUGGAAAGCAGCAAGUCAACUCUGAGGUGAAAUCUACAAUGGUAAACUGGGACUACUCAGAAAAAGCAGUUAAUGCUAUUUAAAAUCACAUGCCAUCAGAAAAAAUACAUUAACCAAAAAAUAAAUAAAUAAUAAUAAUAAUAAUUUAAUAUUUGUAUACAAUGACCAUCAGUUUCAGCUUGCAUGGCUCACAGAUAAAAUCCAGAGCAGGACGUUGCCACGGAAAUGCUUCCUCAGGCUAAAAUUUGGCAUUCUUCUCCGUGAUGUCAUCACUGUGUGGGUGGUUGAGCAACAGUAACCCUUUCGCAAAAGCUCUAAACAGGUGGUUGCAUGACAGCUGCCUAAGGUGUAGCAUCACAGUGGUCAGGAUGAAAGGAAACAGGAAGUGGCUUUCAGCAAUUGUGCAAACCAACCUUAUCCUUUUAAUCGCUCAGAAAUCAGUUUCUGUUACAAUUAACAAAGAGCACCCAAAUGGCCUUAAACAGCGAGUUUAAUGUUGUUCAGUUGACUUUUUCACAACAUCUAUGUAAAUAACUAGUAUUACAGUUUCUCUAACAAGCUGAGUGACUGGAGUGUUUUCCAUGUGAUUUGAGACCCUCCAGCUUGUUCACUGCAUGUAAUUAAUAAGAAAUCAUAAUAAUCGGAAACAAUCACAAUGUACUCCGUGUAUCUUCACACAUGGCUUUGCUGAUUAAACGCUUCCUUUGUUGCAUAAA